AUGGCAUUUGUUUCCCAGAGAGAGGCGAGUGGGGCCUACACCUUCUCCAGCCGCCCCAGAGCUGUGGAGAACCGCAGCAGAUACAGAGAAGCACCCGAGCAGACGCAAUAUGGAAACAUCAUGUAUGACCGGCGUGUGGUCAGAGGAAACACCUACGCCCAGCGCAUUCUUCCAACUGCCACUCAAGUCGAGCUGGAGGAGAUGCAGAGGCAGCAGGAGAAGAGGAAUAAAUCUUUGGCCCAUAGAAGGGCUCAGGAGCAGCUCCGAGUAAGGACUCCCGAGGCUGUGCUGGGCCGGCAGCACAUGGAGGUCCAGACUGAGCUGUAUCUAGAGGAGCUGAGUAACAUCGUGCUGGAGAGUGAUGUGCAGUGUCAGACUGAUGCUUUCUUGGACAAACCAGACACUCCUCUGUUUGUGCCGGCUAAGUCUGGUGUGGACGUGGCCACUCAGAUCCAGGAGGGAGAGCUGUUUGACUUUGACCGGGAGGUCCAGGGCGUCCUGGAGGUGCUGGUGGGAAAGGUGAUGGAGCAGUCGCUGCUGGAGGUUAUGGAGGAGGAGGAGCUGGCCAGUCUGCGCGCUCAGCAGAGGGCGUUUGAGGAGAGACGAAACGCACAGCUAAACGAAGUCCAGAGGCUCCAGGAACAAGAGAGGAGGCACACAGAGGAGAAGGAGCGGAGAAUUGCCCAACAGAAGGAAGUCCUGAGGAAAGAAAAAGAAAUAGCAGACAAGAUCGCAGCUCGGGCGUACACGCGGCAGCACUUGGCCGGCCUGGUCCCCUCGAUAUUCACCUCUCUGCGCUGUCACGGCUUCUUUGUGGACACAGUACAAACAGAUGUUGAAACUAAUUUCAUGCCAUGGCUGAUGAAUGAAAUCCAUUCCACGUUGGACAAGAGAUUUGCUGCCAGAUCUGUGCUCGAUAAUAUAAUACAAGAAGUGGCGCUGAAGUGCUUCCUUUAG